AUGGUGAAAAGCAAAAAGCUUCCAUUAUCAUUAACCAUUUUCUAUUUUUAUGGAAAAUUAAUUGGUCUAUUUCCACUUGUCUUAGAAAAAAAUGGAACUCUAAAAUAUUCUCGAAAAGGAAUUUUUUAUUCAAUUAUUUCCCAUGGAAACUUUUAUGCUAUUUAUACCAAUUUUGAUUGGUUGUUAUGGACAACAUAUAAUUUACCACAAAUUGUUGUACAUAAUUUAAUUGUUCUUUUUAUCACAAUUUUGCAAAUAUUUCAACGAAAAUUUUGCAAAUUAAAUAAACGAUUGAGACAUUUGCCACUUGAUAAUAAUUUUCGAUGCAGGCAAGCGAUUCAAUUUGAUUCUUUAAUACAAAAAAUUGAAGAUUUAGGAAAUUUACAUAAAGAUCUCGUUAAUUUGAGUUUAAUGAUAGUGGAUUUUUUUGGAUCUUUGAUAUUAAUACUUCUGAUGGCCCAUUUUUUUCACAUUCUUUAUGAAUCACAUGGAUUAUAUCAGUGUAUUAAAAAGGAAAAUUUUCAAGGACAAGAUUUUUGGUUAACUGUAAUUUAUCUCAUAUGGUUUACUCUCAUUUUACUAGAAUUAUUCUUCGUUGCAAUUUCAUCUGGAAGUUUCACUAAGGAGGCAAAUAAUACAGGAAAUGUUCUUCAUAAAAUGUGGAGUUUUUAUAGGCCAACAAAUUGUCAAAAAAUAAUUCAGAAUGUCUCGCAACAAUUACUUCAGAGGAAAAUGACAGUAUCAUUACAUGGUUUUAUUAAUUUAAAUUUUAAUUUCAUAUUCAGGAUUUUUGGAACUGUAACAACGUAUUUAAUAAUUAUGCUUCAACUAGAUGAUUAUAAAUCUGGUAAAGAAAAGAGUCAUUAA